AUGGCGACUGACACUCGGAAGACCGUUUUGAUCACUGGCUGCAGCGAGAAAAGCAUAGGGGAUGCGCUCGCGAGGGAAUUUUUUGCCAGAGGAUUCCGCGUUUUUGCAACCUCGCGGAGUCUCGAAACGAUGGAAAGCCUUGAGAAGGAUGGAAUAGAGACCAUCAAGCUGGACAUCACCGACGACGAAGAUAUCCAGCAGGUCGCGAGCGAGAUCUCAAAGCGCACCGGCGGAACCUUGGAUAUCCUGGUCAACAAUGCAGGCAUUAGCUACUCAUCCGCAGUAGCGGACGCUGACAUGGCCAAGGUUCGCCAGCUGUUCGACAUCAACGUCAUCGGGCACUACGCCGUCACCCGCGCCUUCAUCCCCCUCCUCAUCAAAGCCGACCGCAGCACCGUCCUCUUCACCUCUUCCCUCUCCAGCAUCAUCUAUCUACCCUACAACGCGGCGUACGGCGCCUCGAAGGCAGCCAUCAACGCCCUAGCCGACACGCUGCGCGUCGAGCUCGCGCCUUUUGGGGUGAGGGUUGUCAGUCUCUUGACUGGCAUGGUCGUAUCCAACCUCGCCCCGCGGCUGAAUAUAGAUGAAGUUUUCCCAGAAGGUUCGAUAUACAAGCCCGUCGAGCACGGCUUUAGGGACGUGUUUGCGAAGGGGACGAAGGACUCAACACCCACCGAUGUAUACGCCAAAGCCGUCGUCGACGAGGCGCUGAAGAAAUCGCCAGCACCUUGGUUUUGGACCGCCGCACUUUCGAGGUUGGGGUGGUUCCUCUCGGUAUUUGCAUGGCGUGGUAGCUUUGACGGCAUCGUCUCGAAGCAAUAUGGACUGGACAAACUUGCUGAGACCGUUCGCGCACAGAAAAAGGCUUAG